AUGUACCCCUUGAGUACAUAUACAUUUGGUCAGAAGGCCGCAGUGGUGGAGAAGCAUGGCUCAGUCCCCGUCCGUAUGGAGCGCCUCAAGGAAAAGUAUGCCCUGGAGGGCAUCCGGCGCUCUGUGGAUGCGGUGCUCCUAGUGCAUGCCCACAACCACCCGCACAUCCUCCUCCUCCAGCUGGGAUCCACCUUCUUCAAGCUGCCGGAGGCCACUGGGCUGAUGAGGAAGCUGAACAAGGCACUCGCUCCCGAGAAGGAUAGCAUGAAGCCAGAUUGGCGACUAGGGGACCUGCUUGCAACUUUCUAUAGGCCCAACUUUGAGAACUUCCUCUACCCCUACUGCCCGCCACACAUCGAGCGGCCCAAGGAGGUCCCUCAAAACCAGAAACUCCUGGCCGUGCCGCUGUUCGAGAUCUACGAUCACAUGUCACGGUAUGGCCCCCUCAUCUCCGCGGUGCCGCAGCUGCUGUCCCGCUAUGCGCUGCGCCUGAUACGGCCAGACGGCGGGGUAGCGGCGGCCCCCGGCGCAGUCACCACACAGCCCCCCCGUGCAGCUCCGGAGGCGGCAAACGGUGGCCCAACAAGGGGCACAGACAACGGGAGCGUUGAUGCAUCAGGGCCUCUGGGGAAUGGAGAGGCCCAGGCGGGGGGUAGGGUGCCUCAGGAGCAGCCACCAGCCCCGCCCUCUGAAUUCAUGGUGGAUUUUGAUGAUUGA